AUGUCACUAAGUGAUAAAGAACGUGCUCAAAUAACCGCUUUUUACAACAAAAGAGAAGAGAUGAAAGCUAAUAAUCAGUUAGUUCUGGACUGUUCGAAAUGUCUCAUGAUGUUUGAUGACGUCAUCAUAUACCGUUUUCACAUGUCAAUGCAUACUCCAGCACUUCCAUCUUCAUCAAUUAUUUCUUCAUUAUUCACAUCGCCCGCCACGUGGCAAUGCUCACUUUGUAAAAGAAUAUGUUUGGAUCGUCUAGAUUUCCAAUUGCAUACUAUCAAAUACGGGCAUCUACUGAUUCCUCAAGGUCUGAUGAUUCCUCCUGCAUUGGCAUAUCACAAUGGUCUCCCUGAUUUGGCAUCUCUUUGUCAACCGAAUGAUUUAUUGAAAGAGUUGGUAAAUUUGGUUAACAAUAGUUCUACCAACCAACAAUAA